GAAAUAUCAUGAUUGAUCCAUAUUAUAUUUCAGGAACCACUGGUACAAAAGGCGCAUCCGGUUCGAUUGGAAAGGAUGGAAUUAAGGGUGAUAUUGGACCAAAAGGAGACAAGGGAGAAAUUGGAGUUGGAAUUCCAGGUGCUGUUGGACCUAAAGGAGACAAGGGAGUCAACGGAACCAUCGGAGCAACUGGAAAGGAUGGAAUGAAGGGCGAGAUAGGAAUAAAAGGAGACAAGGGAGAAAUUGGAAUGCGAACCCCUGGUGCUGUUGGACCUAAAGGAGAAAAAGGAAUUCGCGGAACCACUGGUACAAAAGGCGCAUCCGGUUCGAUUGGAAAGGAUGGAAUUAAGGGUGAUAUUGGAGCAAAAGGAGACAAGGGAGAAAUUGGAGUUGGAAUUCCAGGUGCUGUUGGACCUAAAGGAGACAAGGGAAUCAACGGAACCAUCGGAGCAACUGGAAAGGAUGGAAUGAAGGGCGAGAUAGGAAAAAAAGGAGACAAGGGAGAAAUUGGAAUGGGAACCCCUGGUGCUGUUGGAUCUAAAGGAGAAAAGGGAAUUCGUGGAACCACUGGUACAAAAGGCGCAUCCGGUUCGAUUGGAAAGGAUGGAAUUAAGGGUGAUAUUGGAGCAAAAGGAGACAAGGGAGAAAUUGGAGUUGGAAUUCCAGGUGCUGUCGGACCUAAAGGAGACAAGGGAGUCAACGGAACCAUCGGAGCAACUGGAAAGGAUGGAAUGAAGGGCGAGAUAGGAAUAAAAGGAGACAAGGGAGAAAUUGGAAUGGGAACCCCUGGUGCUGUUGGAACUAAAGGAGAAAAAGGAAUUCGCGGAACCACUGGUACAAAAGGCGCAUCCGGUUCGAUUGGAAAGGAUGGAAUUAAGGGUGAUAUUGGAGCAAAAGGAGACAAGGGAGAAAUUGGAGUUGGAAUUCCAGGUGCUGUUGGACCUAAAGGAGACAAGGGAAUCAACGGAACCAUAGGAGCAACAGGAAAGGACGGAAUGAAGGGCGAGAUUGGAAAAAAAGGAGACAAGGGAGAAAUUGGAAUGGGAACCCCUGGUGCUGUUGGACCUAAAGGAGAAAAGGGAAUUCGUGGUUUGUAAAAAAAUUUUAUCAAUUGAAAUAUCAUGAUUGAUCCAUAUUAUAUUUCAGGAACCACUGGUACAAAAGGCGCAUCCGGUUCGAUUGGAAAGGAUGGAAUUAAGGGUGAUAUUGGACCAAAAGGAGACAAGGGAGAAAUUGGAGUUGGAAUUCCAGGUGCUGUUGGA